UGUUCCUGCAAACACACAUACGCAUUUAUCAAAUCUUCUUCACUUUUUUAUUUUUUUUGCUCCAAUUAUUCUCCAACUUCUUCAGUUCACUGGAACUAAGGUCCAUUUUAGUCCAUUAAUCUCUUUGGGGUUCUUUGCUUUUCGUAAUUUUAGCAAGAAAACCCACUUAGAGAUUUCUCUCAAUUGUCACUUUGUUCUGUUUUUUUGACGAGUUUAAGUUCAUGGAUCCGACCCAAAAGGAAGAAUCUUCGGGUAGUGAGACAACUGGGACCACAAAAUCUUGCUCUGAUUGCAAAACUACGAAGACACCCUUAUGGAGAUCUGGUCCUUCUGGGCCUAAAUCGCUGUGCAAUGCUUGUGGGAUCAAAUACAGGAAGAAAAAGAGUAGCCCAAUUGGGUUAAACAAAGGGCCAACGAAGAAGAAAGAGAAACUCAUUUCAAACAGUAGCAGUACUGACGAGGUUGCGUACUGCAAGAAGGGUAAAAUCGGAAAUGGAAAAGAUGAGAAGCUAAGCAAAGUAUUGAGGGUGAAAUUGAUGAUGUUGGGGAAAGAAGUAGUGAUAUUACAGAGGCAGAGAUCUUCAAUGAAGAAGCCGAGAAAUCAAAGAAAACUUGAUGAAGUUGAAAAAGCUGCUGUUCUAUUGAUGGCUCUGUCUUGUGGCUCUGUUUUUGGCUAAAACCAAUCAGCAGCACUAAUAGUCAGUAUUAAAAACCCUAACCUUUUUUUUAAAGCUUAAUAUUAAAGUAGAAAGUAGAAAGAUCCUUUUUUAAGCUUUUAGUAAAAGCUUUUUUAGGGUUAUUAAGAAAUAUUACAAAUGUGCUAACUGGAAAAAAGAAAAGAAUCUGGUUUUUAGAGCCUUUAUUUAGAGAAAUGGCUUGAUUUUGGUAGCUUUUGGAUGAAAAUGAAGUUGUAUAUAAUGAUGGUGGUGCCUGAUGAUUUGAA